AUGAGUACCAUUCAAGCACCCGUGACCCAGGCGGUCACUGUGAGUCUCAAAGAAUUAGAAGAUGGAACCGUUUCCUUCGACACCCUCACCGAGGCUUUUGGCCCCUCGUCUCUCGGCAUCAUCAUCGUGAAAGACUUGCCCCAGAAGUUUACCCAACUCCGUGCCCAAACCCUCUCGCACGCAUCUUAUCUCGCUGCCCUCCCAAAGUCGGAUCUAGAAUCCCUCGAAAGCCCCGAAUCCAACUACCUCGUCGGCUGGUCCUGCGGCAAAGAAACUCUCAAAUCAGGAACCUUCGAUACCCUCAAGGGCUCCUACUAUGUCAACUGCGCCUUCUACCAAGACCCCUCCCUCCAAAAUGCCCCCGCAGACAACUUCCCCGAUCUGCCCCAGUACACGGCGCCGAACAUCUGGCCGCCAGAACGCAAAUUGCCCAGUUUCAGACCGAAUGUCGAACAACUCUGCUCCUUGAUUAUUGAUACUGCGGCGCUGGUGGCGAGGGCUUGUGAUCGUUAUGCGGAGGCGAAUAUUGAGGGGUAUAAACCGGGUUAUUUGGCGCAUGUGGUUAAGACGAGUCUUACGACGAAGGCGAGGUUGUUGCAUUAUUUCCCUGCGGACGCCACCUCCUCGGAUGAUGGGGAGAAUGGGGAGGGUGAUUCUGCUCCUGUCGAGGACGACGACUGGUGCGCCACGCACGUCGACCACGGCUGUCUAACUGGCCUCACAUCAGCAAUGUUCCUCGACGAAGCAGCCACCCUACCCAUCCCAGACCCAACACCAACAACCUCCCUCCCCGAACUACCCCAAUCCCCCGACCCAGCAGCCGGUCUAUACAUCCGUUCGCGCACGGGCACCGUGGUGAAAGUUAAUAUCCCCAAGGAUUGUCUGGCCUUCCAGACGGGUGAGGCGUUGCAGUUGAUUACGCAGGGUAAGUUCCGGGCUGUGCCGCAUUUCGUGAAGGGGGCCAGGUGUGUGGGUGGGAAGCAGCGGAUUGCGAGGAAUACGUUGGCUGUGUUUACGCAGCCAAAUCUUGAGGAGGAGGUGCAGGAGGGAUUGACUUUUGCGGAGUUUGCGAGGGGGGUUGUUAAGAAGAAUUAUUAG